UAGGAGAGAGACUGCUCAUUAUCUGUAUAUUGGUGACAGAGCGACCGGGACAACUGUGAUUUUACAUCGCCGGGAUCUGGCGUGUAUACCCUCACACGCUACUCUUCCCCCGACAAGCGCAACACAUCCCAGUUGUGUUCGUGGCCUGCCCGACAUGCAUUAGGGCUGCCACUAAACCUGGAGAAGAACACUAGGAAUUAAGUUUGAAGUUCGGAUGAGUGGGGCAAUGCAGGCAACACACCAGAGACAACCGAAGAACCUGAGGUUUCUGAUUCUAUGUUUUUCGGUGGCCAUCCUAGCUUCGGGAGUUGACGCAGGUGGAAAGAAGCACAGUGGGCCAUGUGGAGGGAGAGACUGCAGCGGAGGGUGUCAAUGCUUCCCUGAGAAAGGUGCCAGAGGCCAGCCUGGUCUUCUUGGUUCUCAGGGCCCCCAGGGGCCUCCAGGACGUCUAGGAGACCCAGGAGUCCAGGGAGUCCAGGGAGAGAAGGGCGACAGGGGCAGAGGAGGCUUCAUCGGCCCCAAGGGUUCUGUGGGGAUGACUGGUGUUCCUGGGUUUUCCGGGUUGGAUGGUAUUCCUGGCCACCCAGGACAGGCUGGGCCUCGUGGGAAACCUGGAGCAGACGGGUGCAAUGGAACACACGGAGACUCAGGGUCGGCAGGGCAACCAGGCUACGAUGGCCAGCCCGGGUAUAAUGGUCAGAUGGGCAGGAAGGGACAGAAGGGAGACACUCUGGAGGCUGAGUGUGUUCAUGGAGCGCUUCAGGGGAGAUUCAGGGCAGCCCGGAUAUCCUGGAUUAGUUGGUCCUCAGGGUUACCCAGGUCAGUCUGGCUACAGAGGACUCCCGGGACCACAGGGCCCACAAGGGUAUCCUGGUCUUCCUGGGCCAAAGGGCACCAUGACCAAAGUGUUGAAAGGGGUCAAAGGAGAACCUGUGAGUGGCUACAGGGUGACGCUGGAAAGCCUGGUCCCCAAGGGAACUCCACCCAUUCCCAGACCGGUCCAAUUACUGGACCCAAUGCUGACAACAAAGGAGAGACUGGUGUUAUAGGGAUGCCUGGGCAACGGGGCAUCCCUGGUCGGGAUGGAGAGCAAGGACUGAGGGGGUUCCCUGGUGCCACAGGACAACCAGGUCCAAAGGGCAGGAAGGGCGAGUUCGUUCAGGCCAAAGAGAAAGGAUAUGCCGGGGACCCAGGAGACCCAGGUGCGACAGGUGACCCAGGAAUGCAGGGCUUCCCUGGGCCCAGUGGGAUCAAUGGAUUCCCUGGGAAUCGUGGUCCUUCAGGAGAUGCACCUGCUGGGCUCACUGGAGAAAAAGGUUAUCAGGGCCGGGCGGGUCUGCCUGGGUUGUUGGGACAGAUGGGAGAACCAGGACGGGUUCUAGGUGCAACUAAAGGGGUUCGAGGGUUGCAAGGCGAUGAUGGGGAGCGGGGUCAUGCUGGUAUCGAAGGUCAAGCUGGCGAUCCAGGAGUGUCUGGCUGUAGUCCGAGAGGAGAUGGAGAACAGAAUGACAUCACAGGUGAUUGCGAUGCCAUAACUGGACCACCCGGUAUACCAGGACCACCAGGACCCCACGGGUUAGAAGGUUUCCUAGGUCUCCCAGGUCAAAAAGGAUCAACAGGUGUACUUGGAGAUAAUGGGGCCAAAGGAGAGAUAGGAGAUCAAGGCAGAGGAGGGUCACCUGGAUAUCCAGGUUUUAGGGGCCUCCAUGGAGACUUGGGUCAGCCCGGCUCAAAGGGUAAUUCUGGAACCCAAGGUCUGCCAGGUCAACAGGGUCGGAACGGGGAGCCAGGAGAGAAGGGACCUCACGGGGAGAUCUGGGGAGCGUCGACCGGACAACGUGGAGAAGUGGGUCUUCCUGGAGAGCAGGGACCUAAAGGGCUCAGCGGAGAGCCUGGAAACGAGGGUUACCCAGGGAUGGGAGGCAUGCCUGGUAUGAUUGGGUUCAAGGGCGACGUAGGUCCUUCAGGUCUGCAAGGGGAGCAAGGAGGACCGGGAGCUGCUGGGAAGUAUGGCUGGCCAGGUGUACCCGGAGCGGCUGGUGUCCCUGGACCAACAGGAAGCACCGGACAACCAGGUUUGAGCGGAAACAGGGGUGAUCAGGGGGACCCUGGCACACCAGGGCCCAUAGGACUAAAGGGGACACUGGGGGAGUUUGGUAGUCAGGGCGCUGAGGGAAACACCGGAGACCAGGGUGACCCCGGAGUGCCAGGACCUACAGGACACUCUGGCCUGCCAGGGUUCAAGGGUAUCAAAGGGUCUCGUGGCAUGUCAGGGUUUGGAGGAAUGCCUGGUGUGUCGGGCCUGAAGGGCUUCUCUGGACAGAAAGGAGAGACUGGCAAUCCCGGCGAAUUUGGCCAGAAAGGAAACAUGGGCGACUAUGGUUCAAAGGGUGACCGUGGUCUGAGGGGUCCAACUGGCGAGAAACCCCACAUCCCUCGUCAGAUCAUCAAAGACAUGAAGGGGACAAAGGGAGAAGAUGGAACCACAGGACAGAUUGGAUUCACUGGACCCAGAGGUCCUAAAGGUUUUCCCGGUGUUCCGGGAAUGGAGGGCUACCACGGCGUUCCCGGAGACCCCAGCGAUGAGAAGGGUUUCCAAGGCAACCCAGGCGCACAGGGACUUCCGGGGCCAAAAGGAAUGCCUGGUCUGACAGGAUCAAAUGGAAUCAGCGGCUUUCCCGGGAUGUCUGGUCACAGGGGGGAUAAAGGUAACCCCGGUGCCUACGGAUCCUCAGGAGAUCCAGGAGUGAAGGGUGUCAAAGGUGAGGGGGGUGCCGUAAUUGACAUGCCCGGAUCCACAGGACUGAGGGGGGAGGAUGGUUUCCCUGGGGUUCCAGGUCAGAAGGGCUACAUUGGGAAUCUGGGAGACAGGGGAGGUGGAGGUUUCCAUGGUAUUGAGGGCAUGAAGGGCGUGCCAGGUGAACCUGGCACAGGAGGACCUGUAGGAUCUGAUGGUCAACAAGGGUUUCCAGGCAACCAGGGUACGAAGGGAUGGCCUGGGGUCCCCGGAGAAUCAGGCACACAUGGACAACCAGGCUUCCCCGGACAGAGAGGUUUCCCGGGACUAAAGGGUAUAUUCGGACUGGAUGGGCUGAAGGGUCAGAAGGGAAUCCCUGGACUUCCAGGUCAGGAUAACUUUGGAACCCCAGGUGACCCCGGUGCUAAGGGAUCGAGGGGAGAGACAGGUAUACCCAACUCCGAUGUUGGGACACCCGGAUCGCUGGGUUUGAAGGGAGUUCAAGGACAACCAGGUGACCAGGGCCAGGUGGGACCCCCAGGGUUUCAGGGCCCCCAAGGGCCACAGGGCACCUCAGACAGACCCGGACCGUCAGGAGAACCUGGCUUCCCUGGACCCAAAGGACUGCCAGGUUUCCCUGGGCCCCGUGGUUUACCUGGUGAGCCCUCUCAAUAUGGAGAGAAGGGUUUAACUGGCCAGUAUGGCGUUACUGGAUUCCCUGGUCUGAAAGGAAAGCAGGGGGAUCAGGGACCAUCAGGAUACCAAGGACAGAGCGGAGUGUCUGGGAAGAAAGGUGUGAAGGGAGGUCAAGGGAUGAUGGGAUUUCCUGGUAGGUCUGGUUUCCAAGGAGACCGAGGUCCUUCCGGCCCAAAAGGAAGUACUGGACUCACAGGUUAUCCAGGAUUCCCAGGUAACCAGGGCCCAGCCCCACUACCCACCAGGAUGCCAGGAGAGAGGGGUGCUCCAGGUCCUCAGGGUAUCCGAGGACCGGAGGGGGUACGAGGGGAGAGCGGCCCUAAAGGACCCCCUGGAGAUCCAGGCUACUUUGGGCCCCAGGGGCAGAAGGGGAUGCCAGGGGUGGGUGGCACACCAGGUACCCCUGGGUACCGUGGGAAUGUUGGAGGGAGGGGCCAUCUUGGUCUGCAGGGCAUGGAAGGUCACCAUGGUAACCCAGGAACUACAGGGUUGCAUGGCAUGCCGGGCCGCAGUGUGAGCGUGGGAUACCUGCUGGUGAAGCACAGCCAAUCAGAGCAGACCCCCAUGUGCCCCGUGGGCAUGUCGAAGCUGUGGGACGGCUACAGUCUGCUGUACUUCGAGGGCCAGGAGAAGGCCCACAACCAGGACCUAGGUCUGGCGGGCUCCUGCCUCCCUCGUUUCAACACCAUGCCCUUCCUGUACUGCAACCCCGGAGACGUCUGCUACUACGCCAGCCGCAACGACAAAUCCUAUUGGCUGUCCACCACCGCGCCCCUUCCCAUGAUGCCCGUAGAGGAAGGUGAUAUCAAACCCUACAUCAGCCGCUGCUCUGUGUGCGAAGCUCCGUCCGUCGCCAUCGCCGUGCACAGCCAGGAUAUUACCAUCCCACAAUGCCCUGCUGGCUGGCGCAGCUUGUGGAUUGGCUACUCCUUCCUUAUGCACACAGCAGCAGGUGACGAGGGUGGGGGUCAGUCUCUGUCGUCUCCUGGUUCCUGUCUGGAGGACUUCCGUACCACGCCCUUCAUCGAGUGUAACGGGGCCAAGGGCACCUGCCACUACUUCGCCAACAAACACAGCUUCUGGCUCACCUCCAUCGAACAGUCCUUCCAUGCAGAACCUGCCUCAGAGACCCUGAAAGCAGGCCAGCUCCUCUCACGCAUCAGCCGUUGUCAGGUCUGCAUGAAGAACCUGUGACCUGGUUCACCCUAAGAUGUCAUUUCCUGUGACCUUACCCCCCUGCCAAACACAAUUCAGGUAGUUAUUGCCUUUGGUCUUAGGCACAGAUCUAGGUUUAGCUUACCCUCCCCAAUUCUUAACUGUAGCCAUGAAGCGGAAACGCAAAACUAACCUUAGAUCAGCAUCUAUGGGACAGCUUCAUCCUACUCCCCCGAACCUUGACUAGUGAGGACUGAAGGACUGUGUGAACGCUUCAAAUGGAGAGCAAGUAUGCUGCGUUAAGAAAUAAAUCCCUGCCAUAAAGUCAGCGAUAUGAAAUAUACAUGGAAAUGCUUAAUUGUUUGUCCUAUUUGAUAUGGUGCUCUAACUUAUUACCUCAGCUAUAAUUAUACACCAAACAUGUUUAACUGAACAUACCAAGAACAUACAGCUGAAACAACCAAAGAUGCCCGUGUGUGUGUGUGUGUGUGUGUGUGUGUGUACACGCACCGCUUCAGUUAUCAAAUUGAUUGGUGUGUACCGCUUCAGAUAUUACAUUUUUUUCAAAGUUUGUUUUAUUAUUCAGGUAUAAGUGCUAAUGCCACUUCACUAAUAGUGACCCUCAACCAAUUGUAAAUUAGGUUUGGUUGAAGUUUUUGCUCUUAACAUUCAGUAUUAUUCUGCUUUACAUUGUGUUCGCACAUAACAUAAAAGAGCCACUGUGCAAACCGUUGCCUUUGUUCGUUAUAUCAAUAUAUUUUAUAGCUCUUACCCGAACGCGACAUUCACAAAUUGCUUUGAUCACAAAAUGCACUGAUUUACUUUAUAUUUAUAUCUGCGGAAUGAACUUAAUUCACUCAUAACUAAAAACUUGUUUUUUUACCCAUGACAACACAUUUUCCUAGUAUACAUUGUUCAUAUGAAACAGUCAGCUCAGUCCCUGCUGGAAUCAAGCCAGCACAGAAAUACAAACAACUCUGUCCAAAGUCUAAGCUACAAGGACUGGUUGAACUAAAUCUGGUCAGCGCUCCCUCCAGAGCAUGUAUUUGUUUAUCACAUUCUAGGUCCUAGGAAGUCUGUUGAAUUGGCCAUUAAAAUAACACCCGUUUUAUAACGGCUUUAUUUGGCCAUUAGUUCAAUGUAAUUAUGUUGAAUACCAUUAGGUGCUAUGAAUCCAUAGAAAUGUAUUCGUGUCAUAACUAAAAUAAAUGGUUUUGUUUGUUGAA